AUGGAAGAAACAAGUACACAUUAUAUAGAAUUGUGUCCUAAUCCUAUAAGAUUUGAACCUGUUGGAAAAGCCAACAAUGUAUUCUUUGAUGAUGCCAAUAGGCAGGUAUUUGCAGUAAGAUCAGGUGGAGCUAUGGGUGUGGUUGUUAAAGGGCCAGAUGAUAAAAGUGUAAUUCAAUUUAGGAUGGAAAGUCGAGGUGAUGUCAUGUCUAUAAAAUUUUCACCAGAUAAAAAGAUUCUAGCUGUACAAAGAUCAUUCAAAUCAGUGGAAUUUGUAAACUUUCUUGAUGAUAUGACAACAGAUGAAUUAGAAUACUCACAGACAUGUAAAGGUAAAUCCACACAGAUUAUAAGUUUUUUAUGGACUGGUUUAUAUGAGAUAAUAUUUAUAACUAAUCAUGGUCUAGAACAAUAUCAGAUAUAUCCAGAGAAAAGAACAUUGAAAUGUCUAAAGACAAUCAGUUUACAAGUAAAUUGGGUAGUGUGUAUGCCAGAAAAUGGAAUAUUAUUGUUAUCAUCUGGUAGUACUGGUAAUACAUUACAUCCUGUACAAGUUAGACCAGGUGUAUUAAAUAAAUUACCCAAAUUUGAAGUUGAUUUACCAGCAGCACCUAAAAGUAAUAAAGUCAGUCUGGUGGAACGUGAUGUUACUUUAGCUAACAUAUACAAUCAACUGUAUAUUGUUGUAUUAAGACAUCAACCAUCAGCUAAUGUUGGAGCAGAAAUAGUUCUUUAUCAACUACAAAAAGAGAGUCCAGCUAGAAAGAGUGAUGUAUUAAAAUUAGAUAUGAGUGGUCGAUUUGCUAUUAAUAUUGUAGAUAAUUUAGUUAUGGUUCAUCAUCAAGCUUCUAAGACAUCUGUAAUAUUUGAUAUUCAACAGUCCAGUGAAUCAGAUGGUUUUAUUAAAUACCAUUACCCCGUAUUAUCACCAUUACCAAUUAAACCAUUUAAACUACUGUUACCAAGUAAGUUCACAUUACUAUUACCCUAUUCUGCUAAUUGGAUUGUAUUUCAACCAGAUAUAGUAAUUGAUGCUAAACUAGGUUGUUUGUGGUAUAUUAAGAUCAAUUUAGAGCCAUUAGUUACCAUGAUUUAUGAAAAGACGACGUUGAUAAGUUUUCUAUUAAAACGUAAAGAAAGUAAGAUGGUCAUAUUGUCAGUGUGUCAGAAGAUGUUAAUACCUGGUCAACAAGCUAACCUACAUACUAUAGCUACAGUAUAUGACAUGUUGAAUACAGUCUUCAAAUCAUAUAGAGAUACAGAAGCACAAGUUAACAAUGGUGAAUUACCACAUAAUGUAUUGAAUAGUUGGAAGAAGAAAGUUAUAAUAGAUCAAUCUGACAUGUUUACUCAUGUUUUUUCUGUUUACGAAGACUGUAAGGAUAUCAAGUAUAAGUUUAUGGUAGCUGUAUUAAUAGAAUAUAUAAGAUCACUGAAUCAAUUCAAUAUGGCAGUACAGCAUUAUUUAUAUGAGUUAAUAAUCAAUAUAUUGGUGAAUAAUAAAUGUUUCUAUCAACUUCACCAGUUUCUACAAUAUCAUGUUCUUAGUGAUAGUAAACCAUUGGCAUGCUUAAUGUUGUCAUUAGAAAGUGUUUACCAACCAGCACAUCAACUAGCUCUAGAUAUGUUAAAGAGAUUACAAACAGCCAACGAAGAGAUAAUUGAAGUUUUGUUAUCAAAACAACAGUUAUUACAAGCACUCAGGUUUAUACGAAGUGUUGGUAUAGUUGAUACAGUAUCAUCAAGGAAGUUUUUAGAAGCUGGUCUUAAUACUAAUGAUGAUAUGUUAUUCUAUACUGUCUUUAAAUUCUUUGAAGCCAGAAAUUUACGUCUUCGAUCCAAUCCAAGAUUUCAACAAGGUGAACACUGUGAACUGUAUGUGAAACAUUUUGAGUCAGUGUUUGGUAUAGAAGCUUUGGCUGCUGUUCCUGUCAGUUAA